GAACGUACGCCAUUGGUCGGCCGUUUUCGCUGCGGAAUAACCUAGUUCCCGUCACCCGACGACCGUGGUGCCGUCCGAACCGCAGCUCAAAAACCUUUUGUACGCUGUCGUUACUGGAAGUCUGCCGCAGUACCGCACGAGCCAACGCAAUUCCUACCCUAAGUCGUUUUCACACUCAGUUCCAGGGAUACACAAAUAUAUGUAAGUAUAAUUUCCGAAUCGCAAUCUGUUCAUUUGUUUUUCAUUUACUCCGUCGUCGUUCGUUCGCGUUCAUCCGAAAACGUUUUUACGCUUUUUCGGUUUUUUGUAUUUUCCUGGGCGUUUCCCAUAGAUCAAUAUGUCCGAUUCGAAAAUGGUCGUCGCGUAUGGUUUUUAUACACACGUAAUACAUCAAAUUUUUCGCUCUGGAACUCCGUAUGAUUCCAUUACCCAAUGAUAAGUAUAGUAAUAUUUGAAGUAAUUGAUCGUCGAUUUUUUCCGUCCGUCCGUCCAUUGACAUCCGCCAUAUUGCUUUUGUUCUCCUUUGUUGUUUACUUUGUGAGUUUUGGUACGUCACACUUUCCGAUCUUCAAUUUCUGGUUUUUGUUCGUAAAUUUUUAACAAGUUAACAAAGCAAUUAAUAAUAUAGUUAUUUAUCAAAUAAGAGAUUGAAUCCUGUAGUGUUUCAUUAAAAGAAUUUAUUUUCAUUUUAUAAUUAUCGGGUACUUAUUUAAGUAUGUAAUAUUGCGCAAGUUGGAUAGAAAAGAAAAAAGAUUUAAUCGCAUUCUAUUUCGAAUUUAUAUUUUGUUUUGAUAAUAAUAUUGUUAAAAAAUUGAUUAAUAUAGAUUGGUGUUGACAUUUUUUUAAAUUUUAUAUAUGUCUAUUAUCUGUAUUUUAAAUAAAUAGAUACUUGCUAAACCUAAUCACAAGUUUUUGAUUUUAUAGAAGAUUCACUAUUAAAAAUUAUUUUAUAAUGACAAGGAUAUCAUUUUUAUUAAAUUAAGAAUUUGUAUUUGAGUGAAAUUCCUAUUUUUUUUUUUUAUAAAGAUUAUUUACUUUUAUACAUUUUUAUAUUAAAUGGUAUAAUAUGUAUUUAUAUAGGUUCUUCCUAUUCAUUUAUAUUAGUUAAUUUUUUUAUUACUCGUUGAUCUAUCUACUAUUAAAUUGCCUAUAUAUUUUGUUUAUCUGAGUAAAAUAUAGUUAUACUGUUAUUAGAUUCUAUUCACACAAUAAUCAUAAUAAUAAGUCAAUUUAUAGGGUUAAAAUAUUGGUUAAAAACCAAUACACUAAGUAAUUAAAUUAAAAUGGUAUGCAACUAAUAAAUAUUUUACGUUGAUAGUGUAUUAAAUAUUUUUUGUUUGAUAAUUAUAUUUUUUUAAUAGACAUUAUCAUUACGUAAGUUUGGUAAUAAUGUAAGUGAAACAUAUUUCUGAAGUUUAUAAAUUAAAAACAAACAUUGAAUAACCUAUUUAAUUCAUCCAUGGAUUUUAUCCUGAAUUUAAUAUACUAAUUGAACUUUUAUAAUUACUUUAUAAUAUUAUUUUUCUAGCAUUAAUUGUAAUUUGUAUAUUUAAGUAAUUAAUUUCUAUAUUUUGGUUUCAGAUAAAAAAUGCAGAUCUUUGUCAAAACUUUGACUGGAAAAACUAUCACAUUGGAAGUAGAAUCUUCCGAUUCUAUUGAGAAUGUGAAAGCAAAGAUUCAAGACAAGGAAGGCAUUCCACCAGAUCAACAACGUUUGAUCUUCGCAGGUAAACAAUUAGAAGACGGACGCACACUUUCCGAUUACAACAUCCAAAAAGAAUCAACACUUCAUUUGGUUCUCCGUCUACGUGGUGGUAUGCAAAUUUUCGUGAAGACCCUUACGGGAAAAACCAUCACCUUGGAAGUAGAAUCUUCCGAUUCUAUUGAAAAUGUGAAAGCAAAGAUCCAAGACAAGGAAGGCAUUCCACCAGAUCAACAGCGUUUGAUCUUUGCUGGUAAACAAUUAGAAGACGGACGUACACUUUCCGAUUACAACAUCCAGAAGGAAUCGACACUCCAUUUGGUUCUCCGUCUCCGUGGUGGUGCACAAUAAUUUUAAAAUAAUAUUGUUAUGGGUGAAUUUAAAUAAAAAUUAACACAUUACAUUUACAUAACAAAAUAAAUUUCAAAAUUUUAAAUCUUACUAUUAUUUUUUUCUUUUGUUUUGGUUAACCAAAUUAAGAAUAUUUGAAAUUAUGACAUUGGUACUGUAUUAUGAAAUAAAACUAUCAUUCACCCUUUAGUUGGGCUUAGUUUUGCAUUUGUUUUCCACUAUUCAAAAUUUGUGGUAUAAUGUAGUUAUUAUAGUUAUUAAAUUAAUUCAUCUAGAUUACCAAAUUUUAUCCUUGUUCCUUGUGCACAUAAUAUAUCUAUAAUUUAGAGAACCUUAUUAAUAUUGCAGUAUGUGCAUUAUUAACCUUGGUCACAAAAUGGUUAGUUUUAAUUAAAUACAACUGGUUCAGGAGUAGAUAAUGAAAGUUAUGAUUCAUCGAAAGAAAAAAAAUUGUAGACAUUGUACAAUGGGUGAGUCACAAUAGGCAAGAAGUUGAGGAAGUUUGGUCAUGUUUUGAAAGUCUAAUUAUACAAAAUUUUACUUCACCUAAUUUUUUCUACAACAAACUGACUUAUAAUUAGUCUCCUAUUAACUUUACAAUGUUUUUGUUUGGUCAGUGUUAUAUCUACUAAGUAUGAAAAAAAUGUAUAAAAAACUCAAAAUUAAAUGGCUUGAAUUUUUUGACAAUGUUACCAAGUCUAGAAAAUGAAAAUCUGCACAAUUUUUAUUCUAAGAAAAUUGUUUUCCAAUUUUUAUGAAAACUGGAAAAUCAGACAGUGAUCUCACACAUACUAACCGGAUAAAACGUGUUACACUUGAAAAUCUGAGCAAAAUAUCUGGUAGAGUAUUUGUUCUCAGAAAAGAAAAACCAAUAAAUUCCAUUCUCUGCCCAGAAUUUAAAAUUGGACAUAUAAAAUUAAAUGUUCACAAUAUU